UUUGUAACUCAUAACAGCUGGCAGGGGAGAACCUCUGGCAUAUCUCAGUAGUUUAUCUGCUUGGGAACAUGAAACGCAAACACCAUGCGGCUCAUAAAGGCAGGAACUUCACCUCCAAAUCAGUCAAGUCAGUCAGAGCUAAUGACGAGCACAAGCCCAGAAUAGACAACCAAUCGUGUUAUCCUGAUGAGAACCUCACCUGUACGAUCUGCUAUGCUAUCUUCACUGAUCCUGUGACUCUCAAGUGCAGCCACAGCUUCUGUCAGGAGUGCCUUCAUCAGUACUGGAAGGACCUGGAUGUGUCCCUGUGUCCCAUCUGCAGGAGAGAGUGCUCAACUGAGGAGCCCACACUAAGCCUGGCCUUCAAGAGUCUCUGUGAGUCUGUCAAAAGACAUAAUAGAGCUGGCCAUUCAGACCAACUAUGCCCCUUGCAUGGAGAGAGGCUGAAAUUGUUCUGUUUUGAAGACGAGCAGCCCAUUUGUGUUAUCUGUUACACAUCAAAGAUGCAUAAAAACCAUGCGUGUUCUCCCAUUGAGGAAACUGUGUUAGACUUAAAGAGGGAAAUGAGAGAUGGAAUUUCCACAUUUCAUCAAAGCCUGAAAAUCCUACAGCAAACAAAAAAUGACCUCCAAAACACUGCCACUCAAAUACAGAACCAGGCACAAUAUUCGGAGGUACAGAUCAUUCAGGAGUUUGAAAAACUUCACCAUGUCCUCCGCAAGGAGGAGGAAGCCAAGCUUCUGGCCCUGAGAGAGGAAAAGGAGCAGUUAUGCAGACACGUGGAGAACAGAAUCAAAAAGGUUUAUGGAGAGAUUGCUACUUUGCUAGAAACUAUCGAUACAGUAAAAAGGGAAAUGGAGUCCAACCACAUCCUUUUUCUACAGAAAUACUAUUCAAAUGCAUACAGACUCAAAUGUACAACACCAGAGUCAGAGGACUUGUCAGGUGCCCUAAUGGACAAACACAUUUGCUCUCUAAAUCACAAGCUAUUGUUGCCAUCAUUUUAUUCAGAUGGUACAAUGACUCUGGACCCAAACACAGCUUCACCCAAGCUCAUUAUUGCAGAUCAUCUCACUUCACUUACAUAUACAGAGGAGAAGCAAACAGUACAUGAUAACCCAGAGCGGUUUCAAAUUGGCGUACUGGGAUCAAAGGGCUUCACUGCUGGUCGUCACAGCUGGGAUGUUGAGGUCGGUGACAAUGACAAUUGGACCCUUGGAGUGGUGAGGCAGUCAAUCAAACGGAAGCAGCUGCUGAAAAUGCAACCAGUGAGUGGAUUGUGGAGCAUACGCUUCAUCAGUGGGAAGUACAGGGCUGGUGUCAAGGCUCGGACCGAGCUCAAAGUAGCCGAGAGACCUACAGUCAUCAGAGUCCUACUGGAUUACGAGCGUGGAGAGGUGUCAUUCUCAGAUCCAUCUGCAAAUAUGAGUUUGUACAGCUUCACUGAUGUGUUUACCGAGGAAAUGUACCCCUACUUCAACAGUACAAGUUUGAAAUGUCCACUUCGCCUGUUUCCCCUAACAGCCUGAUAAAGCAAAUGAACUUCAUUUUUGUAUCACUACAGUAAAUAACUAAAUGGAUGUUGAGUGUGAAA